AUGCGGCAUCGAACGCGGACAUGGAAGCAAGCCAUCCAGAAGCUCAUACCGCAAGCGGGGCGGACACGGACGGUGAUCGGUGUGGUCGGCAACACCGGCGCCGGCAAAAGCAGUGUGAUCAAUGCAGUGCUGAACGAGGAAAAUCUCGUACCGACUAACUGCAUGCGUGCAUGUACAGCCGUCGUGACAGAAAUAUCAUGGAACGACAGCAUAGAUCCAUCCGCUAAGUAUCGUGCGGAGAUUGAGUUUAUUGAUCGGGUAGACUGGGAGGAGGAACUCACGGUCUUGAUGAAGGAUUUGCUAACCGGAGACGGCGCAGUCUCAAGCGGCAUCUACGAGCCAGACUCGGAUGCUAGUAUCGCAUGGGCCAAAUUUCAAUCGGUCUAUCCGAAGCUACCCAGGGACACGCUGAAUCAACACAAGGUCUCCGAUCUGAUGACCAAGACCGACGUUUCGAGCAUCCUAGGGACCACAAAAACGAUAGAAACAGCUCAGGCAAGUACUUUCUACCAACAGCUUCAGCAUUACGUGGACAGUAGGGAGAAAUGUAACAAGAAGAGCAGGGGUAACGACGGUGGCAGGACGAAGACGACCAAGAAUACAGAGAUGGAAUAUUGGCCGCUGAUCAAGGUCGUGAGGAUUUACACGAAAAGUCCUGCGCUGUCCACAGGUACUGUCAUUGUGGAUUUGCCUGGUGUACACGAUUCCAACGCAGCACGGGCUGCUGUUGCUCAAGGCUACCUGAAGCAUUGUAGUGGAUUAUGGAUCGUUGCUCCCAUCGGCCGCGCAGUGGAUGAUAAGGCUGCGAAGACUCUCCUCGGAGGUUCCUUCAAGCGGCAACUUAAGUGCGAUGGUGGCUUCUCCAGUGUCACGUUCAUAUGCUCGAAGACAGAUGACAUAUCAGUUACCGAGGCUAUUAACAGUCUAGAGCUAGACGGGACAGCAGAGCUUGAAGAACUGGGCGACGAAAACAGGACCAGCAUCAAAAAAAUCGAAGAUAAGAUCGAAAAUGACGGAAAGAAGGUGCAUGCCCCGGUGGGUGAGACCAGCAAGCGCCUCAAGGGUUAUAAGAAGGACUCAGCAAGGAAGCGAAGGCGCGUAUCUGAGGAAGAAUCGGACGAGAAUUGGGUUUCUCCUGACGACGAUGGAACCGAUGAUGACAACGAAGUUGAGAUCGCACUUUCAGAGCCAGAUAUCUAUAAGAAGUUCCAGGAGCUGAGGAGAAGCCGGAAAAAUGCUAGAGAGGAAAUCUGGCAAAUCAAGGGUUCGAUCGAGGAACUGAAACUCCAAAAAAGCGAGCAUGAGGUGCAGAACGACGAGACCAAGGGUAAAAUCCGCCGCUUAUGCAUCGCCGAACGUAAUGAGUAUUCCAAGAUUGCAAUUCAGCGGGACUUCGCCGCCGGUAUCAGGGAGAUGGACCAGGAAAAUGCGGCAGAAGAAGAUGAGGACAACUUCGAUCCCGACGAAGAACUACGAGACUAUGAUCAAGUCGCGAAGUCCUUGCCAGUCUUCUGCGUUAGCAGCCGAGCUUACCAGAAGCUAUGUGGUCGAUUGGUUAAGGACGAUCCUGUCCCAGGUUUUACCAACACCGAGGAGACUGGGAUUCCUCAAUUGCAAGCCCAUUGCAAAAAGCUCACCGCGGGCGGCCGUAUUCAGAUCAGCCGCAGUUUCUUGUUGAAUCUAUGUCAGCUCUUGACUGCGUUCAACUUGUGGGUCUCCAUCGAAGGGACUGGUUCGAAAGCUACCGAGGAGGAUAAAGAUAGGCAGAUCAAGUAUUUGAAGCGCGCGUUGGCCAACUUGGACGCUGUAUUCAAGGCAUGUAUCUAUGCAUGCUUCGAUCAGGUGCGUGCAGAUCUGAAACACUACAUAACUGACAAGCUACCGGAGCUGGUCAAGGAUGCCAUAGACGCCGCACCGAGUACAGCCAAAGCCUGGAGUAAAAAGAAGAGCAGGGCGGCUUGCCCUGGCCGACUUAUCUGGCUGUGCGCUGGGCAUCGCGAUUUCAACGCCGAUCUCGUCGAUCCGAUCUUGAAGCAUCUCGCGAAUGGAUGGGAACGAGCAUUUCAAUCGCGCCUGCCUAAAGCUUUCUGCACCUUCGCCGCCAAUUUUGGUCGUCUACUAUACACCUUCCACGGCUCUGUUGAGCGGCAAGCGGACGAAACCGGUGUAGGCCUAGCCGAACUCUCCAUCUUGAAACAGCAGGUCUACAUCUACGAACAACUCUUCCACAACGUCACUACGGUGGUAAUCAAGCAGAUGACGCAGCUUCAGCGCGAAGCCAAUCGUAAUAUCACACUCACAAUCGCAAACGGCAUGCGCAACGUAUACGAGUUGUGCGCCAGCGAGUGUGGCCCUGGUACGUAUAAACGCAUGAAAGAGCAUAUGACAAACUAUGUCGACCGCGAGCGGCACCAAAUGUUUCACGCGGCGGCCGGGACGUUACAGAAGGACCUGGAUCAGAUGUGCAAGGCUUUGCAAGAAUCGAUGAAGACUGAGGCACAUGAGAUCUAUCUUCAGAUUUACAGAGAUUAUGUACGUGUGCUAGGUGGAGCGGUCAGCAGUCAGCCUGCCGUAGUCCAGUCGAAGCAGGAAAGUGAGCUGCGGGCAGAGGUCAAAGGGAUUCUAGAAGGCGUUAAUGCCCGAUUCGAAUCCAUUGGUAAUGACUAA